UAUACUUUUUGGUUAUGUUUAUUAAAUAUUUUAUAAACAAUGAUAAAACGGCAUUUUCUGAGAAAAAUAUUUUCAAAUGUGAGUACUUUCAAGCAUCAAUUUGUUAAAUAUUCAUUGGAUAAUGUAAAAACUCAUCAAAAAGAACUUAUGUCCAGAGGCUUACCCAAACAAAAACCUAUUGAUGGCGUUAAAAAUAUUAUAUUGGUGUCUUCUGGUAAAGGUGGUGUAGGAAAAUCAACAACGGCAGUCAAUCUUUCUACGGCAUUAAAAUUAGUUUAUCCUGAGAAAAAAGUUGGAUUACUUGAUACUGAUAUUUUUGGUCCUACAGUGCCUUUGAUGAUGAAUCUUCACGAGACACCAUUCCUUACAGACAAAAAUCUCAUGGAACCAUUGAUCAACUAUGGCGUAAAAUGCAUGUCUUUUGGGUUCUUGAUUGAGGAAGGCUCUCCGGUCAUCUGGAGAGGUCUUAUGGUAAUGCAAGCUCUAGAAAAGUUAAUGAGACAAGUUUAUUGGGAUGAUAUUGAUUAUUUAAUUGUGGACACACCUCCAGGAACUGGUGAUACCCAUCUUACUCUAAUCCAAAAUUUACCUAUAAAUGGUGUUGUAUUAGUCACAACUCCACAAAAAGCUGCAUUGGAAGUAACAAAAAGAGGUGCAAAGAUGUACAAAAAACUAAAUAUACCCAUAAUAGGACUAGUGGAGAAUAUGAGCACUGUGAUAUGCCCAUCUUGCUCAACAAAUAUAAAAGUGUUUGGAAGUGACACUGAAAAACUAGUCAAAGACAUAAAUAUUGAGAUUUUAGAAAGUUUUCCUUUAAAUGAAAGUACUGCUGAAGCAUGUGAUAAAGUAUACAAAUGCAAAGCUGCGCAUGUACAGAUCGAUUUUUCUAUAAAUAGUUUGAGAAAAAUGAGCGAUAACAGAAUAUUAAAUGCGACAAAAAUGAACGGAAUAGAAGGAAAAACACCAUUUUUGAUUGGUGUGGCAGGUGGCACAGCAAGUGGAAAGAGUACAGUAUGUAAAAGAAUUAUGGAGAAAUUGGGGCAAGUUGAAGUUGAUUCAAAGCAAAGACAGGUCGUAUGCAUAUCCCAAGAUAGUUUUUAUCGAGAACUCACACCUUCUGAAAUUGCAAGGGCCGAAAAAGGCCAGUUCAAUUUUGACCACCCCGAUGCAUUUAAUGAUACUCUUAUCAAAGAUACUUUAACUGACAUUCUGGCGGGUAAAAUGGUACAGAUUCCGAUAUACGAUUAUAGACACCAUUCUCUAAAAAAAGAUGAAGUCUUGACCAUAUACCCAGCAGAUGUUGUUUUAUUUGAAGGAAUUCUGGUUUUCUAUUUUCCUGAAGUAAGAAAAUUGUUCCAUAUGAAACUGUUUGUUGAUACUGACUCAGAUACAAGACUGGCUCGAAGAGUUCCUCGCGAUAUUAUUGAAAGGGGCAGAGACCUUGAUCAAGUAUUAAAUCAGUACAUGAACUUUGUUAAGCCAGCAUUUGAAGAGUUUUGUUCUCCAACCAAAAAAUUUGCUGAUGUAAUAAUACCUAGGGGAGCUGAUAAUCAUGUGGCUAUUGAUCUUAUCGUUCAUCACAUCAAGGACAUAUUACAAGGGCGACCACGUGAAAACGGAGUAUAUAACACUCCACAGUCAAUUUAAACACUAUUAGGGAACACUUUACACUAAACAAUAUUUCUGUUUUGCUUCUAUUUUGAUGAGCAACAAAAAUUGUCUUUUAAAUACUUAACAUCACAUCUAUAGAAUUUAUCGAAUUUAUAGACAGUGAGACAAUAAAAAUACUUGGUAGUUUGGUAUAUUUAAGGCGUGAUUUCUUCCGGCGUCUGGCGUUCGCGUCCCGCCACACACUGGUUGGCUCUUAUAGACGUACAUGGCCAAAACCGGUAUUUUAUUAUAUCAAUGAAAAGUAAUGGUAUCGCUUUAUAGGGAAACAAACUACUGGGCGACGGACAGCGGGCACCAGUCGUCGCUAGGAAAUCGCACGUUUAACCAAAUGUAAAUUUAUUCCGGUAUUAAUCUUUAGUUAUACAUUUUCUUAAAUACAGUGUACAGUGUGUGCAAUAUAUUUGGACACAUCUGAUAAUAAAAUAUUAUUUUAAGUUUCUACAAAAAAAAAAUUUCAAAAGUCUCUUUAUCCAUAAAUCUGCAAUUAAGCUAGUCAAAAUUUAAGUAAGCUGUUUCAGGUACAAAAUAAGGAAAAUUUGUUCAACAGUAAAGUGGUCUAAUUUUCUAAAUUAUGUAAAAAAUUAGGUACCUUUCUGCAAAAAAUGUCAUUUUUUCAUCCUCAGGCUUCAUAAUAAAUUUUACAAAAAAAUAUAUUCAAUAUUAUGUUUGUUCCAACCGGACGAGAGAACCGUCCUAGAACGAUAAUUUCCUAUCAGUCAAUUCAUUUGUUAAUCUUGACAAACGAUCAAACUUUUCAAACAAUAAGUGGGCGACUAGAAAUUACCGUCCCAGGAUCGGUUCUCGGUCCGGUUGGAACGAACCUAUUAAUUUAAUAAUUGAUUGAUAUUAAUAAAAAAAAUUGUGUAUGUACUAUGUACAUAUUUGAAGUGGCUUCUUACUUCCGUCUGUCUGUUUGUCCGUCUGCCCAUCUGUCCGUCUGAGGACUCCAUUCGAGUACCUCUAUCCAUAUAUCUAUCCACGUGCCUAGUUUGGUUCCAGUCUACUCAAGAAUUAAGAAAAACCCUGAGGAUUUCGUCCAUAUAGAGGCAUCGGUUCGAAACGUCGGGGACGUCAUCCUGUAGCCCGUUGAUCAUGUCAAAAUCGUCCCAUAUUUUUCUUUCUCAAUCUAUCGACAGAUCAAAUUUCAUUUAAAUCGUACGAUUUUUUUAUUUGAUUCAGUGAUGAUGGGGUUUCGUAGCGCACGAAACGUCGUCAAAAUAUAGUUUCGAGCACCGUCUGCUUUCCGAGUUUCAGCUCCCUAACUCGCAUAGAGCCCGAGUUACGACUCUCUGUCGUAACAUCUGAUAGUUACCACUUUUCCUCUCGCGUCUUGUGUGUUACGGUCGUGUAUCGUGGCCUUCAAUUUUUACUCCCAUCGUGCUUAAAGAAGUUUCACUUCAAAAGCUGUAAAUCCUAUAAAAAACUAAAGAAGAAAAGGAAUACCUUAGAGUAAUCAACUUUAGUCUAUGAUAAAUUUGAAAUUUAGCAGACUAAUUUUGCUUUAAAAUUAAAAUAAGUUUGUACAGAAAUAAAAGGUUUAAAUUAUUUCUUACCAUUGCACUAUUGUAGAAUUUUUUAAGAAACUUAAAAUAAAAUCUUACCUACACUAUUUUAUUAAUGGUAAAGGUGUAUAAAAUAUGGGUAUUCCAUUAGUGAAAAAAUUGCAUCACUCAAUAUGUCUAUUCAGAUUGAUGUAAUAUUUGUUGUUUGUUAGUAGUGUGGUAAAUAACUAUAUAAUUCCAUUUUAACAUAGACGUAGCUUUUAUUUUAGUGUAACUGAUAAGUUAACUUUAUGUUUUACAACAUAUCUAUGUGAUGUUAACUAAGUAUUUAUUGUGAUGCCAUUCAAUUUGAAAGUGUAUUUUCGAAUUGGGUUCUUAGAUUUUUUUUGUUUAAGAAAAGAGACAGUGUAACAGCUGCACAAUUAUCUUUGAUACAAUACUGGUGUUUAUUUAAAGCACACACACUAUAUACCUUCAUACAGAUAUAUGUUAUUUUUUUAACAUAAUGUCAAUAUUAUAACUAAUAUUUGAUUUAUACCUGAUAUACAAUUAUUGUAACUAUUUACAGUGUGACAAAUAUAUAAAUAUAGAAAA